UUGUUUCCGGUUUCGAAACACCAGGUUAAUUCAUCUAAGCCAAAACUAGACCCCUCUAAUAGCCCUCGUUUCUAUUCUGGUUUUCCUACACCUCACUCUAAUCAAUCUUCUGCCACACCUUAUCAUACUAAUCCCUUUACAUCGCACAUACCUCCUAGGCGUUUUCCCUGUCGCAUCCAAACAGUCAAGCCUGAUCGUCCAUCCGAAUUUGCUUCUGCCGCACGCCGAGCCAAACACCUGAGCCGGCCGAAUCCUCUGAAUCGUUUCAGUUUACUGACGGCAUGCUUUCUGACUUUUCUGAUAGCUUACUUUGGCGUAUCUCGCUUGAAGCGCAACUUACUUGAUUUUAGAGUUGUCACCACUUUCUCGAGCCCUACUGAAGAUUUACCUCGCGGUCGGAAAUCGUCUUGCCACGUAGUGAAUGCACUCGCCGAUCUGGGCACUCAGACUGUUAAACUCACGCCCCAUUUGCCCACUCGUCUGGUACGCGUUAUUAAGGCAUGUUAG